UAUUGAGUGAAGGUGCCUCCUUGUCACUUCUGUCCGCUAGCAAACAGAAAAAUACCCUAAAAGCUGUUGUGUGGUGGUUAUAAGUUUUUAUAAGCUGCGGAAUAGAAAAACCGGGCCUUUAAGAAGACAAAAGUAGUUACAGGGCUGUGUGCUGUGCGGUGGAAGAAACAGACCCGACCUGAGCUGCAAGGACAGCCUGCAGCUCAAAAACCUCCGUAAAAAUGUCACGUAAACCUGGACACGCUGCUACAGUCACAGACAACAUGCAUGAAAGUCAAAACAGAACAGCUGUUUAAUUGAAAGGCAAAGAAGUAGAAACUGCACAAUGAAGUGCUACAUCUUUUCGAUACUGCUUCUGAUCUUGACUGUGGACACGGAGUGUUCAACGAAAAACAGAUUCUUCAUCUCAGCCCCCUCCGUGUUUCAUGUGGGUGUUAAUGAGAAAGUGUUUGUCCAGAUGGGAUGGGGUCAUGUUAAUACUCCUGUUACUCUCUAUCUGGAGCAUGAGAGUAGUGGUACUGUGGUGUCUAAGAAGGUUCCAACUUCGUGUGCCAGUGAAAGUGACAUCAAACAGGUGGAACUCAUGAUAGACAACGAAAUUAUGUCAAGAAUCCCUCCACCAAAAAGUCAACGCCCCUACCUUGUGCUAGUGGCAGAGAGUCUCAAUAUCAGGCAUAUAACAAGGGUCCUGGUAUCAAAACGCAGAGGGUAUGUCUUCAUCCAGACUGAUCAGCCAAUGUACAACCCAACACAGACAGUGAAGUUCAGGAUCUUCACUCUUGACCAGACAUUAAGGCCGGUCGACGACAUUAUCCAGAUAUCAGUGUUUAAUGCUGCUGGAAACAGAAUAAUGAAAUCGCUUAACACUGCCAAGGGAGGAAUACUCAAAGGCACAUUCCCCAUACCUGACGUCUCUAAAAUGGGCACAUGGAAAAUUAUAGCACACCAUGAAGAUGAUGAAGCACAUCUUGCUUCCAGGGAGUUCAAAGUCCAAAAAUUUGUUUUACCAACUUUUGAGGUGAGCAUCACAAUGGAUGAGAGCUACAUUUUAUUGAAUGCUGAACAGUUGAGCUUCACCAUCUCAGCCAUGUAUUCAUAUGGUGAGACAGUUAGAGGGGCCUACCACUGCCAAUUUGGAGUGGUAAAAAAAGGCACAACCGAUGGUCAAAAAGAGACGCCUAUCUUUAUCAAGGGACUGGAGUUAACUGGUUCGAUCCAGGAUGGAAUUGCAAAAGCGUCACACAGCACAGCAAAAAUAAAUCAGCACAUCCAAGAUCAGCUGAACGAAACCCUCUCUGAUUUACAGCGCAGUGGAGCACAACUCUAUUUGGGAGUAUUUGUCACCAACAUACAAAGUAGUGAAAUGCAAGAGGCAGAAGUUUCCCUUCCCAUCAUCUCCCAGCGAUACACCAUAGAUCUCUCUCGAACUCGCUCAUAUUUCCUUCCUGGAUAUCCGCUGGAUGUUGUGGCAUUCCUGCGUCUCCCUGAUGGCUCCCCGGCAGCUGGUGUGCCAGUAAAGAUUGAUGUACCAAGCUCCUCUGAGGGAUCUAGGCAAGGCAUCACUGACCAGGAGGGGGCAGUGUUUUCUAUCUUUAAUAUCGAAAAUGCAGCUGGUGCAAUCACUGUUGAAGUGUCUGCAGAUGGCUCGCAACAGAGGAAAGUAAUUCAACAGCAACAACAGGCUGACAGUUACCUUUAUAUGACUUUUACCAAGAAGAUAUACUCUAUGAAUGAUGAUCUAUCAGUGACAUACAACACUUUCAAUGCCCCACGUACUGGGUACAUAUACUACAUGGUCUUAAGUCGUGGGAUGCUAAUAAAAACAGGCACUUUAUUACUUGGUAAGUCAGCGAAAGUCAACCUUAGGAUAACUGCUGACAUGGUGCCAUCCUUCCGUCUGAUUGGCUACUUCUACAACCAGGGUGGUGACAUCAUUGCUGACUCUGUGUGGGUAGAUGUCAGGGAUGAAUGCGGGAUAAAGGUCAGGGUGGAAUCAAAAUCACCAUUUGUACCCGGAAACAAAGCUGAGCUAGAAAUUGAUUUACACGGUGCGAGAGCGAAAGUCGCUUUGCUGGCAGUUGAUAAGGCCUUCUACGCUCUAAAAGCAGACAAUAAACUCACAAGCAAACAGGUGUUUUCCUCUAUGCAGUCAUAUGACCUUGGUUGCUCAUACGGCGGAGGAUCUAACCCAGUAUCCGUACUCACUGAUGCUGGCUUGUCUUUUGUGUCUCAGUCCCAGUCAGCGUUCAGAAAGGAUUUUGUCUGUGAUUCACAAUCUGCACGACGACAACGUUCUGUGGACCUUCAGCAGGAAAUGAUGAGCUUAAAAUCAAACUUUUCCGAUAAAGAUUUGCAAGAGUGUUGUGUUCGCGGGUUUUCUCUCAUCCCUAUGAGACGAACAUGUCAAGAAAGAGCAAAGAGGGUGUCUCUGGUGGAAGCCAAAACUGAGUGUGCAGAUGUGUUUUUAAAAUGCUGCCUUGAGGGAGAACGUCUGAGAAAAAAAAAGAUCCAAGAGGAUGCCCAGAGAGGACUUGGCAGAACUUCAAGCACAGUGGACAUUGAACAGUUCUUCUUGGACAGCACUGCUCAAUACAUUCGGAGAUUUUUCCCCCCAAGCUUUGGAUUCAAAGAAUUUGAUGUAACAGACAAAAAAACGCAUUAUUUUCAUCUACCCGAUUCCAUCACCACAUGGGAGAUUCAGGUCGCCACUUUAUCUUCAACCACUGGUUUCUGUGUAGCUCAGCCGACACAGUUCAAAGCAUUUAAGAGGACAUUUGUGUCUCUGACACUGCCUUACUCAGUAAAAAAAUAUGAGCAACUAGCCAUUUCACCUGUUAUCUACAACUACGGCUAUGAAACACUACAGGUGGCAGUUCACAUGGAGCAAAGUGAAGGUCUGUGUUCCCCCGGUUCAGCCACCACUUCAUCCUUUGUUAACAUUACAGUGGAACCAAGCUCUUCCCAGUUUGUCACUUUCUCUGCUGUCCCCAUGAUAAUCGGUUCAAUACCCAUCAAAAUACGCCUCUAUGAUAUAGAGAAUGAGUAUGGAAUAGAUGCAAUUGAAAAGCCUUUGAAUGUGUGGACAGAAGGAAUAGAAAAGAGAGUAGAAGAAACCCAAGUGCUCAAAUUGGAUGGGAAGAGCACAAAGACUCUCAUUAUUGAUGGAACUUUACCAGACGAAACAGUCCCCGACUCCAACACCAAUAUUUUCAUCUCAGUGGAAGGGGACGGAUUUGACAAUUCAUAUGCAAAGAACCUUCUUUCGCCUGAGAAGGUUAACAGCUUGAUCGUAUUGCCUAAAGGAUGUUUGGAACAGACAACGGCACGAAUGUCCCCCACAGCUUUAGCCCUCCGCUACCUUGACCUGUCUGAGCAAUGGUUUGAGCUGCCUGCAGGUAGCAGAGAUAAUGCUCUUCAAAAAAUUGAGGAAGGUUAUAUGAGGAUUUUAACAUUCAAGAAAGGCAUAUCUUAUGGAUCAUGGUAUACAGUGCGAUCUAGUAAUUGGGCGAAUGCUCUUGUUGUCAAACUUUUUUCAUUGGUGGCAGAGCGUCAGACAGCGUCUUUUGGACAACAGGGCAGGAGGACUAGGGUUGUAUCAUUUGAAGAGAUCAGACAACCAGUCAGUUACUUGCUCACAGUACAGAACAACGAUGGGUCAUACAGUGACCCAAAGCCUGUGCUACACAGAGGAGUGAUGAAAGAACACGAUGAAAAAGCAUCCAUGACAGCUUUCAUAACUCUUGCACUGCACCGGUCCCUUCAAUUCCUGACAGCUGAAGGGAGAAAUGAUGUGGAAGCAAGUAUUUCAAGAGCAACAACGUAUCUCGUGUCACACUUUGAGGAGCUUCAGCAGCCCUAUGCUGUGGCCAUUACAGCCUACUGCCUCUCAGUGUGCCUACCAGAAGGAACAGAUCUUACAUCUUUCUGGAUAAGACUUCGAGGAAUGGCUACUGAAGGGAAGAAUAGCUGUUAUCUGUGGACAGCUGAUGCCAGCAAAGGGAAUCAAGAGAAGGCAGACGCUAUCACAGUAGAGACUACAGCCUAUGCCCUCUUAACUGCAGUGGCACUUGGGCACACCGAAUGGGCAGACAAAGCAGCCUGCUGGUUAACCACCCAAGAAAACUAUUUUGGAGGCUACAAAGCAACACAGGAUACCAUGAUGGCAUUGGAAGCCCUCUCUGAGUAUGAGUUAAAGAGGUCCUCCAGGCCCGAAGCAAAUGUAAUAGCAGAGUUCAAAGUUCCAGGAAAGCAAGACAGAAUAAAUCUUGAGAUGACGAAUCAGAAGGAGAAGGUGGAAACUAACCUUAAGAAAUUCGAAGGGAACAAUGUUUUGGCAGAGUUUACAGGAGAAGGGGAUGUCAAGCUAAAAGUUGUGAAGGCUUACUACCUACUGGAACCCAACGACAACUGUGACAAGCUGUCUAUCAGAGUCACGGUGGAGGGGAAAGUGAAGUACACUGCUGAGGUCAUAGAAAAUUAUGAGUAUUAUGAUGAUGAUGAUGUCAAUGAGGAGAAAGACGCACGAGUGCCACGGUCAGCUAUUGAAUGGUAUGAUGCUCGCACCCGAAACAGGAGAGAUGUUGAUAACAGCGCAAAUUCAGACAAGGGAGUCACCUACAGAGUCUGCGUCAGUCACAGCGUGAAUCGCAAUCUCACAGGAAUGGCCAUUGCUGACAUUACACUUCUGAGUGGAUUUGAAGCUGUAGAGGAGGACCUGGACAAGCUAAAAGAGACACCUGAACAAUACAUCUCUCAUUAUGAAACCUCCUAUGGAAGAGUGCUGCUCUAUUUCAAUGAGCUCUUUGAACCAGAGGAAUGUAUUAGUUUCGAUGCUGAACAGAAAGUGCCAAUUGGCCUUCUGCAGCCCGCUCCAGCUGCGUUCUAUGAUUAUUAUGAACCACAAAUAAAGUGCACUGUGUUCUACUCUGCCCCCGCAAGAAGCAAGAUGGUCUCCAAACUGUGUUCAGAGGAUGUGUGCCAGUGUGCAGAAAGACCCUGUCAUAAAGUACAAAGUCUAUUCAAAGGUCUAAAAAAUCGAAGAAUCACAAAGAAUGACCGUGAAGAACAUGCUUGCUUCUUCCCCAUAGUUGAUUACGCAUACAUAGUUGAAGUUCUCAGUGUUUCUGAGAAGAGUAACUUUGAGCUGUACAAAACGAAUGUGAAGGAUGUACUCAGAUCAAAGGGAGAUUUGCAUGUGACUGAAAAUUCUGUUCGAGUGUUCGCUAAGAGGCGUCAGUGUAAAGGACAGUUAGACGUGGGAAAGCAGUAUCUCAUCAUGGGCAAAGAUGGCCUCACAACCGACUCAAACGGAGAGACACGGUAUCUGCUGGAAUCAAACACCUGGGUUGAGAAAAUAGAAUGUGACCAAUCUUCUACUAAAACUGCCUGCAGAGGGUUUAAUGCGUUUAUAUAUGAGUACAAGAUGGAUGGCUGCAGACAGUGAAACAGACUGCCACACACAUUUUCAUUUCAGUUUCAUUUAACAUUCAUUUUCAGUCAUUUUCAUUUCAGUGCAACUCAGCUGCCAAAGUUAUCCAUGAAAUGUCAGCAUGGGUGUGAUCUUUUCUUUUGUUUGUGCUAUCUUAUCUCUAUAUUAUGAUUAAGCUAUCAUAGUCACAAUCAUGAAAGCAUAGUAUAACAACAUCCUUAAGUACUGAGACAGUAUUGGUAAAUCAGAGAGUAGGUGGAUGGCUCCACUACAGUCAUUUUAAGUGUUACUACUUACAAUGUGUAACCAUAAAUCAUUUCUUCAUAUCCAAUACAGCUACCUGCAUUUAAAUAAAAAAAAUAGAUCUGG